AUGGCUAAUCGGAAGGGCGAAAUACAUUUAGAUAUGGAGAACUCGGAAGAGAAACCCGCCACUGCCAGUGUACAACGUUCAAUCUCAAUGGGAGUUGUCCAGCAUUGGAAGAAAAAAUCCGAUAAAUGGACCAAACUAAGGAACAAUAUUGUUGGACAUGAACAAAAUCAUGCUCAACCAAAUAGGUUCUUUCCAGAAUGGAACACCGUCUUUUUAGUAUCAUGUGUGUUGGCUGUCUCACUGGAUCCUUUGUUCUUAUACAUUCCCAUCAUUAACGAGGAUAGGAAGUGCCUCAAAUACGACAAAAGGUUGAAGGCAAUAUCUUUUGGUCUACGAUUAUUAGCAGAUCUCUUCUAUAUGGCCGAUGUGGUGUAUCGAAUUUUAACUAGACCUAAAGCAAAGGAGGCAGUUCCUUUGAAAGCAAGUAACUCAGUGAAUUCACGGACGACUUUGCAAUUUUACAUCCUACUUGAUAUUUUAGCUGUUCUGCCCGUCCCACAGGUAGCACUUUCCAUUUUCCUUUCGAAAAUGAGGGGCUCAAAAUCAUUGAAAACAAUGAAGUUUCUAAAUUCUCUUGUUUUGUUGCAAUAUGUCCCACGAGUUCUUCCCAUCUACCUAUUGUGUCAUGAACGUGAGAAGACUCAUAAGAAGGCAGGCAUAUGGGUCAAAAGUUUUUUAAAUUUCUUCUUGUACAUCCUUGCAAGUCAUGUAAUAGGAGCACUUUGGUAUAUUUUUGCUAUUCAACGAGAGAUAGCUUGCUGGCAAUAUGCAUGUCAAAGUGAAAAUGGAUGUGAACCUAAUACUUUUCGUUGUGACGACUCUUCAGUCAGAAAUGUCACAGUUUUAAAUGAAUUAUGCCCUAUAAAUCCACCAAAUGCAACUCUUUUCAAUUUCGGUAUAUUUGUUGAUGCCCUUCAGUACAGCGUGCUACAGUCGACAAAUUUUCCAGACAGGUUUUUGAAUUGCUUUUGGUGGGGUCUACGACAUCUGAGUUCUUUUGGUCAAAACCUGCAGACUAGCACUUACGCAUGGGAAAACCUAUUUGCAGUUUUCAUUUCUAUAAUUGGUCUCCUACUAUUUUUAUAUCUCAUUGGAAAUAUACAGACAUACAUGCAGUUUUCAACCACAACAUCAGAAAAGCAAAGACGGAACAUGAAAAUGAAAGGUCUUGAGGUUGAGUUGUGGUUGUCGGAAAAUCGCCUCCCUAACACGAUGAAGACACGGAUCAUGGAAAAUGUACAUCGAAAACUUGAAGAAAACAAAAAUGUUCAUGUGGAGAUCCUCUUUGUUCUUCCCCCGGACUAUUUAAGCUAUGUCAAGCGCUGUCUCUGCUUGGCUACGCUAAGGAAAGUUCCGAAGCUUAAAGACAUAGAUGGAUUGGAAGAGUUGAAAGGAAUCUGUGAUCAUUUUAAGCCAGUGAUCUAUGCUAAGGAUAGUUUUAUUAUUCGAGAGGGCGAGGCCCUUGAUAUGAUCCUCUUGGUCACGCAAGGGACUGUUCGCAGCUACACAACUAGUAACGGAGUAAAAAAGGAUCCCACAACACCUAAGCAUAUUAAGCAAGGUGAUUUCUAUGGAGAAGAACUGAUAAGUUGGGCAUCAAAAUUUCCCCCCUCCACUGAGUUACCCAUCUCGGAUAAAAAUGUUAGGUCCAUUACAAGGGUUGAAGCAUUUGCUCUCACGGCCGAGGACUUAAAGAAUCAUGUGCUCCUUAGAUAUUUCUGGUGGCAAUUUACCAAGGGAAUCGAUCUCAACAAUUUGACUGACUCUCAGAUGCUGCAGUUGAAAGAAUUGGCAGUUAUAAACCCACAAAGAGCAUUUCGGGGCCGCAAGAGAGCGGAGAAGCCUGCCGCCUUGCCAAUGAAAACUCGGUCCAUGUCAGUUGUCCCAAUUCUGUCAGAAAGAUGAGCUUUCUCUUACAUAU